AUGGCGGCCGGCGGCCUGCUGGGGGCCGGCCUGGCCCGGGUGCUCUUCUACCCGACGCUGCUGUACACGCUGCUCCGCGGGAAGAUCCCCGGCCGCGCGCGCCGCGCCUGGUACCACCGCAUCGACCGCACGGUGCUGCUGGGCGCGCUGCCGCUGCGGAGCCUGACGCGCCGGCUGAUUCAGGACGAGAACGUGCGCGGGGUGAUCACCAUGAACGAGGAGUACGAGACGCGGUUUCUGUGCAACUCCUCGAAGGAGUGGAAAAAAGUAGGUGUUGAGCAGCUGCGGCUCAGCACAGUCGACAUGACCGGAAUCCCAACCUUGAAUAACCUCCACAAAGGAGUCCAGUUUGCUCUCAAGUACCAAUCGCAGGGUCAGAGUGUCUACGUGCAUUGUAAAGCUGGGCGCUCUAGGAGUGCCACUAUGGUAGCAGCAUAUCUUAUUCAGGUGAACAAAUGGAGUCCAGAGGAGGCUGUAAAAGCUAUCAGCAAGAUCCGGUCCCACAUCCACAUCAGACAUGGCCAGAUGGAAGUUCUCAAAGAGUUCCACAAGGAGAUUACUGCAAAGGCAGCAAAGGAGGAGACUUAUCACACAUCACAGACAUGAAGCACAUGGAAAGAAAGAAGACAACCCCGCUCGCUACAGAAAAAGUUUAACAGGACCACGGGAACUUAAACUCAGACUUAACAGAAGUAUGCUAAGUAAUGGAUAGUCGCCCUCCCUUUGUCGUUUCAUUUUUCUGAAAUAACACUGUUUAUGGCUAGAAAGGUUUAGCAUGGCUUCACUUCAUGGGGUAUGAAGAUAAGAGGCAGGGAUGGACACUUAGUGAAUAGGGUCAAAGAAAUCUAUCGCACACUUAAUAUGGUAUGUAAUGGUGUUUAGCACCGUAAUUCAAAAGCAUUCAACACCAGGAAAAGAGGGGACAUGCUGGGCUUUGGCUCCUUACCACUGCCAGCGCCCCAACUCAGCGGUGCCCUCCUUUCCAGCUCUCAUUUUUGAUCUCUCAGCAGUGAUCCCCUAUGUGGAAACGUAUGGGAUUCAAUCGGUAUUGCUGCUGACUUAGAAAUGUGAGGAUAAGUAGUUUCCCUUCAGAAGUCAUCUCUUCAGAAUUCAAAACACACACACAUAUCCCUUCAAAAACUUUUAUUUGUAUGAACAGUUCUUAGCUCUUGACUUAAUUAGAGCUAUUUAAAGAGUAGAGACCUUUAUGUAUUGAAUUUGAAAAAAGUUUCUGCUAUUAAUCAGAAAUAAUCCUUUCUACUUCUUUCUGGCUUACCCCUUGGAGUUAGCCAAAAAUAAAACCAAAGUAUAUGUUUCCUGACGAUAUAUGACAAAACAAGAGACAGAAUAUUCUGUAUUCUAGAGUUGACUGUUGCUGGUGAAGGACACCUUCAGCUUAGUCCAUUCUCCCACCAAAGCCUGAAGGAAAACGCUUAACACCUAAUUCUUUGUGGAAAAAUUACCAACUAGCCACUUUGCAGGCUAUAGAAAAAAAGGAAGACUGGGCAUCUUUUCUCCUUCCUUGGGAUGGGGAUGGGGAUGAUUCUAUUUAACAUUGAUCAGGUA